AUGAAUGACUGUAUGGUUUUGUCCAUCGAAGCACUUCCCAACGAAGUAUGGCUUAAAAUAUUUUCUUACAUUCAUAUUGGCGAUAUUACUCGUGCUUUUCUUCGACUUAAUAAUCGUCUGACUAAUCUCAUCUAUUCAUUGCCUACGACUAUUCAUCACCAUGAAAUGGGCGUGUCUUACUAUGACUAUCGCACUCCUGUAACUCACAUCAGUGUUCGUGAUGGUCGUUCAUUUUCUUAUCAUGUCAAUGCUCAACAUCUCAUUUGGGUUUCUCUCGAUCGACCAUCUCCAAAACAAUUACAAUUUCUUCAAUCAACAUAUUUACCACGUCUCAAACAUUUGCAUUUCAAUGGAAUUGGUACUAUUAACCAUGAUGUGGCUCAAUUUUAUUACACUAUCUUCAAGUCAACUCGUACCAAUACUCCAUCACUUAUUUCAUGUUCAUUCCCUUCGAUUUCUUCACUCAAUUGGAAUUAA